UAUUCUUCCCCAGUGAGAGAGUGAGACAGAGAGAGGCUGAUACAGAAUGGGAGGCUGACUCUGGUUUCCAACGGCAGGGAGCUGGGUGUACUGGUGUUGGCAGUGGUUUUCUGGACGGUUUUUGCGUGCGUGAAGGCAUGUCUGUAAUCGGCUCAGUAAUGAGGAAAGGUACUGAACGGCACUGAAUAUCUGACCCCGAUUCCUGGGAGUAAAGGGAGGCAGAGAGGGGAGAGUGGGAAACUGUGUGUGUGUGUGUGUGAGAGAGAGAGAGAGGCAAAAAGAGAGAGGGGCAUGUGAAAAGGGGUGGAGGGGAGCUGAGAUUUAGUGCUCUGCUGGAUGAAACAACCCCCCACUAACUAACGGAGAGGGAAAGUAGCCUAAUAGGAAGAAAAGAGGGGGUGUAAAACUGUUCAUUAAACACUCAAAGACGCGGAGGAAGCCUUUAUCGUUUCCAACAAUGAGCCCAGAAAAGGAUAUCGGGAUCUUGUGUGAAGCUUAGAGACGUGAGCAGCGGGUCAAAAUCACACCACGAUCACACACGGCGAAAGCGGACACACAAGAGAAGAAAAAAAUGUCUCGAACCGAAGAGGUCAACAAGAUGACUGAAAAUGUCUACAAGGGGAUUCUGGACCAUUUCAACCCCAGUCUGAAGAACUUUGUGACCAUGGGGAAACACUAUGAGAAAGCUCUGACAGGAGUGACCAUAGCUGCCAAAGGAUACUUCGAUGCUCUUGUGAAACUCGGAGAGCUGGCGAGCGACAGCCAAGGCUCCAAGGAGCUCGGAGACACCCUGUUUCAGAUGGCCGAGGUCCACAGGCAGAUUCAGGUGCAGCUGGAAGACGUGUUAAAGCUGUUUCACUCCGAGCUGCUCGCCCAGUUGGAGCAGAAGCUGGAGCUGGACAUCAAAUACCUCACGGCCACCCUCAAAAAGUAUCAGAGCGAGCGACGGUCUAAAACCGAGUCAAUCGAGCGCUGUCAGUCCCAGCUGAAGAAACUCCGCAGGAAGAGCCAAGGCAGCCGUCACCCCAACAAAUACGGUGACAGAGAGAUGCAGUUCGUGGAGCUGAUGAGCCGUCGCCAAGGCGAGCUGGACACGCUGGUGGCCUCAGGUUACAAGUCCGCUCUCACCGAGGAGAGGAGACGCUACUGCUUCCUGGUGGACAGACAGUGCUGUGUCACCAAACUGCUCAUUAACUACCACUCCAAGGUGAGAGAGCUUCUAUCCCAGAAACUGUCAUCUUGGCAGCAGUCGUGCUCUCAGCCAACAAAGCUCCCGGAGCGUGCUCUGAACCUGCUGCGCCACACUGCGCCUCAAAGCCCAGGGGCUGCUGGGAUAGCUGAGGUCCUUCGUCACACCAAGCUUGGCACCGCUCAGCCUGAGCAGAGGCUCUCUGUUCAAGAAGUCCCUCCUCUGUUAAACGGAGACUCUAGUCGCUCCCAGCAACAGCGCUCGCUCCCCUCCUCCACCCAGAGUGACACCUGUCCUCCUCAGGGCUCUACCCAGACAUUCCUCUCUGCUCCCUCCACCGGAGGAGCUGCUGGAGGUUCAUCGCAGGGAGCAUCUCCUCAGCACAGCAGCACACCUGUCAGUGCUUCAGCCAGCCCGCUCCCUGACAGCAGCACCAGUGGCAGCGCCAGCCCGGCUCCAUCUACUCCCACCACCACAUCCAGUAGCUCAGCCCAGCAGACCUCGCUUCUCCUCGCCGCAAACACAUCUAACCUGUCCCCGAGCCUCAUCCCCUCCACCGUGAUGUCGCUCAGCCAGAUCUCCCCGGCCAGCAGCUCCUCGCAGGGCAUGACCCUCCCCAUCCCCCACAGUGCACCUCACAGCCCUCCUCUGCCCCACAGCGCUCCGCUCUCUAGGGCCAUGACUCCAGUGCAGCUGCUGCACCAGCAGGUGGAACCAGGAGGGAGCAGCACUUUAUCUCCGUCACAUAAUCCGUGGCUGCUGAAGACCUCAGAGAUGAGCGCCACUGCAACACUUCCACUGCCGAGGAGACCUGUCAGUGAAAUGAGGCUGGGAGGCUUUCAGGGCUCGAGUCUUCCCAGGAUGAUGCCUUUAUCUGGACCUACACGUGUGGAAGCCAUGUUUUCUCACACACCUGGAACAUCAGAUGGCAGUGGAGGAACCACAGUGGGAGGAGCAUGCUUACUGCACUUCCUGCCUGGUGACAAUAUCACUCUGCUCAUCUCUGAGCCCAGAGAUGGGUGGCACUACGGUCAAAAUGAACGAACGGGACGGAAAGGCUGGUUUCCUUUCUCUUACACUCAGCCACAUCAUACCAAGAUGGAUCUUCUCGAGAGCUCACUCUUCUUAUCUAGAGCUAACAGCACCAGUACCGGGCAACUUGACAAACUAGGAUCUCCGGGUCUCCCAGCCCUCACCCCUGAGUCGGAGGAGGAACGCUCCCUUCCUCCCCAGAGGGUCAGCACCUUCCGCCCGCGCCCCUACAGCAUGGCCGACAGCAACAAGAUCACCUCAGAGUUGGCCUCCCCACCUCCCUCACCGACCAGGCCCAAUCCAUUUGCACAUGUCCGACUCCGAAAAACCGUCACCAACGAUCGCUCAGCUCCCAUCAUCGAGUGAGCUUUUUGUUCCCACCGCAGCAGCAGCAGCAGUGUUCCUCUGUGGUUCAUCAGUACAUCGCACCUCAGGUUGAAUCCUGGAAAGACGCACACUGGCUAAUGUUAAUGUUCUACUUUUAAAUGUAAUAUUCUGUGUGUUUCAUGUAUAAACGCUGUUAUAAAUAUGAGUACAGCCGACUGGAUUUGUAGGUUGCUGGGGGAGAAGAGACAAUUGUAACAUGUGAGAAACUGCUUUAGUGAAGUGUUGGCUUUAAUAUAAAAACUAGAUGUUUAGAUGUUUAGCUUCAUGUUUGUCACACUGUGUCCUGCUUGUCCUGAAUAACUAACAUGCUUUAGUUUGAAUUAUGUCAGAUACAGUUGUUUCUUUUACUGUUUUAAAGAGUUUUUUUUCUCCCUUUUUGGUUAUUUUUGUGCCAUAUUCAGAGAUGUUUUCUGUGUUCAGCUGAUUUAGGGACUGGAUCCUAAUAGCAGGUUGUGCACAUUGACAAUGAUGAAGUGUUAUGGGAAGAGGACAGGCUCCUUCUCUAUUACAGUAUUAUAUUUUUUAGAAAAGCUGCCAGAUCUGGUGCAUUUUCUUGGUGCUGGUGAAGGUGAGCAUUUAAAAGUAUUAAAAGUGUGUGUGUGUGUUUUUUUGUUUUGUUUUGUUUUUUCAUUUUAUUUUAACACAGUGAUUGUCUAGAUGAGCUACUUGACAUUAAUGAAACUGGCACAAUGACUUAUGUUUAUGUCAUGUUUUAGUUUCUGAACAUGAGCGAUGUUGUUUGAAGGCACAAGUCUGUCAGAUACAUCCUGUUGUGCCACUUAACACCAUUCAUUCUGCUGCUGUAAAGUUACAUGUUACUAUUUGUGAGUAGAUGACUUAAAAAAAUGCUUUCUGCUUGAAAUUUGAUUAUCCAGAGUUGAUCCAUCUACUCCCUGAGUGAAAUCAUCAAAAUUGUCCUCUUUUUAAAUACAGAGCAACUCUGACAACACAAAGAAAACUCAUAAACUUCACAGACACAAACUGUAAAAGUUGGUAGUUGAAUGUUUGGAUAGUGGUAUCACCGAAAGAAGUGUUUUCUUUGAAAGUAGGAUGUCAUGGAGGGUUCAAAGUCUUAAGAAUGAGAGAUUUGCAUGCUUAGUCUUUGGAUUUGAUGUCUUCUUGAUUUCUUUUCAGUCCCAAAGCUAUUCACCAGCUAGGCUGCUUAAUUGUAGUUGUACGUCCAUCAGUCAGACUAAGCAGAAUCUUAAAGUGAUGUAUGGAUGCUAAGACAGAUGAUGAUUAGGUUUUUACUGAGAAACUGUAUCUGUGAAAGUGAUGAAGAAAGUAUACAGGAAGUUGACCAACGUCUGAGCAAGUGUUCAUGGUAAUCUACAGACAUCCAAAGUAAUUUUUUUGUAGCUCUGUCCUCGUUGUUGCCUCUAACAAAGUGAAAUCUGUGCAAACUGAAGCAGUUCGUGUUCCUGGUUUAACUGCCUCAAGUUACUUUGAUGUUUUAGCACCUUUUAGAUUCAUAAUAUCACCUGAAAAGCUUGUAGAAAAAAACAUCUAUCAGCAUAUAUUGUAAUCACUUUGUGUAGCGUUGCUUCAUUAAUAAAGAUGACAGCAAAAUGCUUUUAAUGCAUGUAAAUAGUGCCAAAAAUU